AUGUGGAGUCACAGCGUUCCGCGGCUCCGCGUCCACAAUGGAGUCAUCUCCGUCAUCUCCCGACAGAUUCGCCUGCCCGAAUGCUACGAGCUGCUCACGGGCGACUUGAAUUUCUAUUCCCCGUCGAAUGACCCGGCGGCAAUGGAGAAGUUGGAUGAAACAGGCACUGAUCACUUCACAGCGGGUCCUUGGGGCGGAGAA